GUGUGUAUGGGUGUAUGAAUGGGUGAGCGGGGGGUUUAGCCUAGCCGCUUAGCCGGCCCUGCAUCACAGCUGAUGGGGCUUUAGGCUGCGGAGGAGCCGGAUGGUGGCGGUCUGCGGGGAAGCGGCGGGGAACACGAGCUCGGAACCUAUUGGGCUAUUUAACGGGCUGCUGCGGGCGCGGGAGAGGCCGGGCGGAUCUCUGCGGCAUGGAGGACGACCUGGUGUGCGAGUACGACUCCACCUGGGACACGGAGAGCGACGGGGACGAGUUGGGGGAGAACCCGGCGCGGCGCUGCAACCAGGACCGGAAUAAACGCGCCAGGGCGGCUUUCUGGUCCAACUCCUCUUCCAGAAACCUCCGGGCAGCCAAAGACAUGCAGAACUACAGACACGGCUAUCCAAGUAUCAUAGACGACGAUGGUCCAGAGGAAAGGAUGCCUAACCUGAAAUUCUAUUUAAAUGAAAUUAAGUCUUCUCCUGAUGAUGUGUCAAUUGAGACGUUUCACAGUGAGUGGAGAACGGACUACAAACGUCUGGAACGGGUUCACUCCUACAUUCAGUGGUUGUUUCCGCUGCGGGAGCCGGGAGUUAAUUACAUGGCGACGGAGCUCACCAAGAAAGAAAUCCAGGCGUUUCGGGAGAGCGCCGAGGCUAAACGGCGGCUGGUAGAUUCAUAUGAACUGAUGCUGGGUUUCUACGGGAUUCAGCUGCUGAGCCGAGAGACCGGAGAGGUUAAACGCUCUGAAAACUGGAGGGAACGCUUCGCCAACCUAGAGCGAAACAUGCACAAUAACCUGCGGAUCACCCGCAUCCUGAAGAGCCUUGGGGAGCUGGGCUUCGAGCACUACCAGGCUCCUCUGGUGCGCUUCUUCCUGGAGGAGACGCUCGUCCGCAAGAACCUGAGCAGCAUGAAGAGGAGUGUGCUGGACUACUUCCUGUUCGCUGUGAGGGACAAGCGGGAACGCCGCAAGCUGAUCCGCUACGCUUUCCAGCACUUUGAGCCCAAAGACAAGUUCGUGUGGUGCCCCCGGAAGAUCCAGAAGCGCUUCAAGAAGAAGGCGGAGAAGAGGCAGGACCCUUCGUUGGGGAACGGCCUGGCGACCACCAGCGAGGAGCCAAACCCGAGCCGAACUCAAGGCAAAAACCGGGACGGCGACAGAGAGGUGAAGAUCUUCGAGAUCCAGAAGCAGAGCGACGACGACCCUCUGAGCGUCGUCUUCGAGAAGCAGUUGGAAAGUUCCACGACUGACGUUGAGACGUUCAAUGAGGGUUCAUCGGUAGACCACCACCAUUCGCCUCUCAACAAUGGCAGCAGAGGUCUUGACGGUGGUGUUGAAGGAGGAAUGGAUGGAGGUCUUGACUGUGGUGAGAUGGACCACUCCAACAGCGCUGAACCCGAUGCUGCUAAAAUUCAGGAUGCAAAUACCGAUGAACCCAUGAAGGACAGCAGUCCAGCAAUGGCAGCUAAAGCACGUGAGCUAAAGAACGAGAGCGUUCUGCACGAGUCCGACCACGACGGCACCAACACCAAGACCGUUGAGAACGUUGUGGUAGAAACCAAAAACUGUUCCCCAGAACUUUCCAGCUCCCAGGAGGAGUCUGAGAAUGAGCUGCUCACCGCAGAUCCCCAGCCCAGAGAGAUUGAAGGAAGCCCCGCCACGGUUACGUGUUCGGGAAAAGCACAGGCGGAAAGUCCCAAACACACCUUGCCGUCCCCGCCGCUGGGCGGCCGGGCAGAGAAGCUUCCCAGGACCAACGCCGACUGCGCUUUAGGCUCGUCUGAUCUCACGGAGGUCUCGCCAGGAGACGCCAUGAGCGUCAGCUUGCUAGAUAACCAAGGAAACUCGGACUCAAACAAUCUCAACAGUGUCAAGAAACAGACGAACGGCACGGAGAAGGUCGAGCCGAUGGACACGGACCCCAGCGUAGGUUCCCGAAGUGAUUCCUAAACGCAGCGAAAAAACGCGAAAGGAUUGAAUUUAAAUGUAUUAGUUUGAAUAGAUAGGAACAAAAAAAAAUCAAUUCUGAAACCGUCAUAAACAACACUUACAAAAAAAAGAAACACACACAAACUGACACAGACGACAGACGGGGGUAUGAGCUGUUAAUCUCAUUCAUUGGUUCAUUGAUGAAGUUAUGAAAUCUGGUUAAACAAUUAAAUAAAUGAAGUUUAUUCUUCAAGUA